AUGGGUCUUUUAUCAUUAGGGACUCCUUUGGAUUGGCAUGAAUCUAAGAAGUAUAAUGAACAUGUACGACAUAAUGGAAUAACUCAAUUAAUUAAUAUCUUUAAACAACAUUUUAAUAGAUCAAAUGAUCAAUUUUUAUGGGGCGAUGAAGUUGAAUAUAUGAUGAUAGAUAUAGAUCCAAUUAAUAAAACUGCUAAAUUAUCAAUUGAUAAAGAUUAUAUAUUAAAUGAUUUAAAUGACUCGGAUAAAUCAUUACUGAAAUCAAUUAAUAAUAAUAUCUUAUUUCAUCCUGAAUAUGGUAGAUAUAUGCUUGAAGGUACUCCUUUAAAACCUUAUAAUGGUAAUUGUAUUGAUGAAUAUGUAUAUGUUGAAAAAAAUAUGAAAUUAAGAAGAUUGAUAAGUACUCAAGAAUUACCAAAACAUAUAAAACCAUUAACUAUAACUACUUUCCCAAGAAUGGGUUGUGAAUUUUUCACUUCACCACCUGCUAAACCAAUUGGACCCGCUUCACAAUCAUUAUUUUUACCAGAUGAAAUUAUAAAUCGACAUGCAAGAUUUCCUACAUUAACAGCAAAUAUUCGAAAAAGAAAAGGUCAUAAAGUUGGCAUAAAUUUACCUUUAUAUCCUGAUAAAUUUACAAAAUUAUUAGAUGAUUCAAUACCUAAAGAUCGUCAAUUAUUCAAAAGUGAUAAAGAACCUUGGUUAGGUGCUUCAAAACCUGGACAUAUAUAUAUGGAUUCAAUGGGAUUUGGUAUGGGAUCAAGUUGUUUACAAAUCACAAUGCAAUGUUCAGAUAUUAAUGAAGCUAGAUAUUUGUAUGAUUCAUUAGCUCCUAUUACUCCAAUUAUGCUAAGUUUAUCAGCUGCAGCUCCAAUUUUUAAAGGUUUUUUAGUUAAUCAAGAUGUUAGAUGGAAUGUAGUUAGUGGUGCAGUUGAUGAUAGAACUUUUAUUGAAAAAUCUCAAGAACCAUAUCCAAAUUUUAAAUUGUUUGGAGGAUUGGAUGUUAAUAAAAAUGAAAUAUUGAAAAAUAAUAAUUAUGAUUUAAAUGAAUUUGGUGAUAUAAAAAAUGUGUAUUCAAAUGAUGGUAAACCAAUUCAAAGAAUUCCAAAAUCAAGAUAUGAUUCAAUUGAUAAUUAUUUAAGUGAUUUCAAAUAUGACACCAAUUAUUUUAAAGAUGAAUAUAAUGAUUUAAAUGCACCAAUUAAUAAAAAAGUAUAUGAUAGGUUAAGUAAAGAAUUUCCACAAUAUUUUGAUAAAUAUUUAUCAAAUCAUUUUGCUCAUUUAUUUAUUAGAGAUCCAUUAGUUAUAUAUAGUGAACGUAUAAAUCAAGAUAAUGAAUUAAGUAAUGAUCAUUUUGAAAAUAUUCAAAGCACAAAUUGGCAAACUUUAAGAUUUAAACCACCGGGAUUAUAUAGACAGGAAGAAAAUAUAUCAUUUAAACCUGGUUGGAGAGUUGAAUUUAGACCAAUGGAAGUUCAAUUAACAGAUUUUGAGAAUGCCGCAUAUUCAAAUUUUAUUUCAUUAUUAUCAAAGGCAAUAUUAAAAUUUAAACCAAAUUUUUACAUCCCAAUACUGAAAAUUGAAAUUAAUAUGAAAUUGGCACAUAAUGUAAAUUCAAUAAUUAAUGAAAAAUUUUGGUUUAAAUCUUUUGAAGAUUGGAAUUUAGAUAAUGAUGAAUUUAUUGGAUAUGAUUUUUCAUGGUUUGAUAGAUUCUUAAAUUUAGGUAAUGAUUUAUUAAAUAAUGAUAAUGAAGUUUAUCUUAAAGGUUAUUCAUCAAGUUAUUCAUCAACUACAAACUUAUCACAAAUGAAUGGAAUUAAUGGAUCGAUAUCAAAGAAAAAUUGUUCAAAUAAAACAAUUGAGAAAAUUAAUGAUAUUGAUGAUUAUGGAAUGGAUCAAAGAUAUACUAUAGAUGAUAUAAUAAAUGGAUCAAAAGAUAAUAAAUUUCCGGGUUUAAUUAAAUUAAUUAUAAAAUUAAUUGCUAUUGAUUUAAUACCAAAUCAAAAACAUUGUCAAGAUGAAAAAUUAGAAUUAAAUUUAAUUAAAUUAAGAUAUUAUUUAUUAUUAAUUUCAAAAAGAGCAAAAGGUGAAAUUCCAACAAUUGCAAAUUGGUUAAGAUUAAAAACUAUAAACAAUCCAAAUUAUAAACACGAUUCAAAAGUAAGCGAAAUUAUAAAUUAUGAUUUAAUUACCGAUUGUGAUAAAUUAACAGACUUAAAAGAUCGUAAAUCCGUUGAAAGUUUAUUUGGUAAUGUAAUUACUGAUUAUCUUUAUAGUGAACAAUAUUUUAAUACAUUUUAA